AUGGUCGACCUCGCUUCGCCGCUGGCGCUCGCUGUCCCUCUUCACUCGCACGACGACAGUGGGUCCCGGCCAUGUUCGCCGCGUCGAAAGCUGUCGGCUGCCCGCGCCAAGGACCGCGAACUGAGCCGCGAGGUCAAAGACUCACCGCGUCUGUCGCUCUCACCGGACGCGCUGCGCAAGUUGCACAUUUCGAUGCCGACGCGCGCCGACGAGAAGCCGCUCGUGCUCUCGGCCCGCGAGACGUCCGAGUGUUUCGUAUCGCAAAUGCUAUCCAAGUUUAGUGCGAUCUAA